GCGUGUGUGUGUGCGCGUGUUCUCACUGCCAUGCCUUGGCUGCGCUCUAAUAAUAGAGGCGGCUGCCUGCUCCUUUAAGAGCCUACUUGUUGCACCUUCUACAGAAUUGAUUGAUAUUUACGUUAAAACAAUGGUGAUCAAAGUGUUCCUCGCGACUUCGUCGGGAUCCACCGCGAUCAAGAAGAAGCAACAAGAUGUGGUUGGCUUCCUGGAGGCUCUUAAAGUGGACUACACUGAGUUGGACAUCGCCUGCAAUGAGGAUAACCGCAUGUGGAUGAGGCAGAACGUUCCAGAGGAGAUGAAGCCUGCCAACGGCAUCCCACUGCCCCCUCAGAUCUUCAAUGAGGAGAGCUACUGUGGGGACUACGAGACAUUCUUCAAUGCCAAGGAGGAUAACUCGGUGUAUGCUUUCCUGGGGCUGCCUCCUCCUCCUGGCUCAAAGGAAGCACAACAGGCUGAUAAGGUGCACAUUGUGGAGAACGGGACCCAUGCCAAGGAUAUGAAUGCAGAGGGAAACCAAGAUGACUCGACAGAGGUUCCAGUGGAGGAGCGCAAUGGGAAUGCACACGAAGAGGAGGAGCAGGCAGAGGCAGCAGAUGAUGCUGAGGAGGUAGCGGAAGAAGAAAUUGCAGAUGAUGAAGCCAAAGAAGGAGAUGAGGCUCCUGCAGAAGAGGAGGAGGAGGAGGAGGAGGAGGAGAAGACAGUGGAAGUAAAAGAUGAAGUCACAAAAUUCACAGUAUUUGCUUCAGCCUCCUCUCAUUUGGCCUCUCCCUCCACUUCCUGAUUGUUCUUAAUGAUCUGUUCCCCUUCACCUUUUUAACACUCCUGGAAUGCUCUGUUCAACAUCUAUUUUUCCCCUUUAAUGUUGUCUUUUUCCUUCCUGACAAGGGUUUGCCUCCGUUUUAAGUUCCCGUCUUCCUGGUUCUGCACCUCUUUCUCUCGUCUCUCUGGAUUCAGUCCAUCACUAACACACAAUAUGCAAAAUUCCCUUUUAACAUUUUCUUUUUUGUUUGUCCCUUUAGCACCACCGACCAUUUAACCUGUUUCUUCAUGCAUUUCUGAAAGUUUUUAUGUGUUUCUCUUUGUUUUAAAUUCUUUCUUAAUUUCUCACCUACCUUUUUUUUACUGAUGACACUUUGCACAUAGAGACCAUAUUAAAGAUGCAGUAGGCAGGAGUUUUUUCUUUAAUAUUCCUUCAGUGUAAUGUAAAUCAAGCGAUCUGAGAGAGAACAACUCCUCUGCUCUUCAGCUUAUGUUUAUAGCCUCAGGCUUUGAUCAAUCACAAGGCAGUUUUAGCGAGUGACAGGAGACUUUGACAAUGCUUAGCACAGCUCAGCUACUGGAGUUUCACUAAAUCUACUCUGUAUAGCGGUUAUUUCUGGUGCUGCAGCACCGACAAAGCCUUCCUAUGCUGCAAAGAAUCCUAAAAAGGAGAAUCAACGCAAUAAACUAUGUGUUAAUAUUGGCAGAAAGUGUCAGAGUUGGAGAGAUUCAGUUAGUCACAGGUUGACUGUUGCAUAGGAAACAGGAGAGUACUGAUCCCAAAAUGUGACCAUUUUCCACCAUCAGCUAUUUCUCUAGAAAUCCUGCCUGCUGCAACUUAAACAGUUGUGUUCAGUGUGUGUCAGUAUUGUCCUACAAUCACCCCACUUAGUGUGAUUUAGCCUGAUCUGUGAGUGAUGUUGUGUCUCUGUAUGAAUGCACAGUGAAUACUGUUUAUAGGGUAUACUAUUGUCCAUAUAGUCUGACGUCUCUAAGACUGUCUCACCUCCUC